CCCCAAAGAUCACCGAGAGGUCGCCAUGGCAACAUUCUCAGCCAUCCUGCUGUCGGUGCUGGCGCUGGUGACGGCUGCCCAAGAGAUUCAGACACUUCAAGAUCUGUCCAACACGCUGCUCCUCAACCAGCUGGCAAUGUCCAACAUGCUGGCUGAACGUGACUCCGGAACCAGAGUAAUAAGAGAGUGGCUGAACGACCUGCAAUCAAACAUUACCUCCGAAAUAGCGGCUUUGCAGAACGUUGUUAAAGCUAAUGGUGUUCCCCAAGAUGCUGGUAAGGGGGCCGUGGAGUGCAUGGCACCGUUUGUGGACGUGUAUGGUCACUGUAUCUUGGUGGAGACGGCACUGACGGGAUCUUGGGAAACUAUGAGACGUCACUGUCAGCAGAAGGGCGGCGAGAUUGCCAAGGUUGACUGUGGCAACUUCAUGUAUUACCUCGUCAGGUACCUUCACAGUAACGGUCUGGCUAAGUUGUCUUACUGGGUCGGUGGGAGAGAUGAAGGCCACGAGGGAUCUUACUUCUGGACUGAUGGUACCCAGGUCAAGAUGGGAACCCCCUUUUGGGGUGACGGCACUACUGACAAUAUUCAGGAGCCCGACGGAGGAACCGCUCAAAACUGCAUAGUGAUGUUAAAGGAAGAUCAUUAUUUUUUCUUCGAUGAUUCUUGCAAUACCAAACGUGCAGUUAUUUGUGAGAAACUAAAAUUGUCCUAGGAACAAUACCUGCCUUCUGUCUUUGAAGUAUCAGGUGCUUUAUGUCCUUGGAGUAACACCUUCCUCAUGACCUUGGAGUAUCACCAGCCUCCUGAUCUUGGAGGAGCACUUGCCUCCUGACUUUGGAGUAACACAUGUGGGGAAUUCUGACUCAUGGGAUUUUAUUUAUUUUAUUUUAAUUAUUUUUAAUUUAUAUAUUUAAAGAAUGUUUAUUUAUGAUGUAUAAUUAUUUUUUUUAUUAUUUCAUUCGAUAGCUUAGUGAAUUGUAUGCCAUAUUGAGCGGGCUGUAUGGAUUUAAAUUCUCCCACAUGUCAUAUCCAAACACAAGAGGGGGGUUAAUUAAUUAUAGUACCUAUCAAUCGAGAACAUAUCAAUUGACAGGAAAAUUUAUACUAAAUUUUAGUUUAAUAAUCUACUGGUAUUAGUUUUGUACUCAACGCCUUAACUGAUUUGAAGGCUUCAGUGUGGAUACAACUGUUGGGUUGUGAGCAAUCUGCCAAAUAAGAGCCUCGUGGUCUAUGGUGUCUGUUCUCAUGUGAAACAACCGGUUGAGGUCGCUUGGUUUCCCUGGUGACCACAGAAGAUUUGCCAGAUGAAUACAAUAUAAUAACUGCAAAUAUACUUCCUAUCACAGAUAUGGCACGUUAAUUAUGUUUAGUUGAGUGAUUGUGAGAGGCUUACCAUGUUUUAUUGGUUUACCUGACUCAUCACCGGUUAGCUAUAAUUAUUAUAUUAUUGGGCCCUGUAAUAAGAUGUAUUACUUUGACUAACCGGAUACGAGGUACUCUCAUUAUUUAGAGGUUACGGCAGCUGAAGAACAAAAGGAUGGCUCGGGUUACGAGUACAACUGUAGCUGAUUCUUUGUGCUACCUCACUUAUUUAUUAUUAACAUCUUUAUUGACAAAAUUAAUUACAAUUAUGCCUAAUCUGAGGAUUUCAAUUAAGUCUUAUUAAAGUGAGGAUAAUGCUGGUAUUCACUGUCACGCAGGACAGAGGGUCAUA